AUGGAGGAGUCGUUGGCGCUGUUGGUCCGGAGCCCCACGCAGCGGCACCCCGACCUGCGCCUCCGUGCCGGCCACGCAUGGACCGUGCGCCGCCUCAAGGCUGAGCUGCGCCUCCUCGUACCCGAGGCACCGCCUGAAGAAGACCAAGAACUGAUUUAUGCUGGGAAGUUGCUGCUUGAUCAUCAACGUCUGGGAGAGCUGCUGCUGAAGCAUGGGGAGCUGUAUGCUCUGCACUUGGUCUACCACUUGAAGGCUCCUGCAAGGGCACAAGGAACCAGUGCAGAGGUCAAAGCUUAUCAGCCAAAGGUAUCAGCAGGAGCUGCUCAAGGAGGACCAUCUGUGUCCUCCUUAGAUGGUGGAAGGCUGAGGUGCUCUGCGGGGGGGCAGGCUGCAGCAGGAGCCAGCAACAGGUUGGAAGCAGCUCAGGAUCCCUUCCAAAGUGUGGCUCCUGGCUUCUCUGCCUACACAACCUACAGCAGCAUGCUCCAGGUGUCCUGGCUCCAGCAGCUCUAUGCCAGGCAAUACUACCUGCAAUACUUGGCUUCUGCCAUGCCUGCCGACCCAGCCUGUGCCCAGCGGCCUCAGGAGCUGCCAGUGACCCCAGGCAGCCCUCCAGCUGCCCUGCCAGAGCCCUUCCCUGCCCCACACCAGGCUGCUGCUGCUGCCCAGGGGAACGCAGCCCCUGACCAGAACCUGCGGCUGAACGCCCAGGGGGGGCCCCUGCUGGAGGAAGAGGAGGAGGAGGGGGGUGGCCAUCGAGACUGGCUGGACUGGCUCUACUCAGCAACACUCUUCUAUGUCUUUGUCAACGUUGUCUACUUCUACUCCAGCCUCAGCAGGUUCCUGCUGGUCAUGGGUGGCACAGUCCUGAUGUACCUGCACCACGUUGGGUGGCUUCCAUUUAGAAGAAGACCAAUUCAGCCCUUCCCAGGCAAUGCUGCUGCUGCUGCUGCUCCUCCAGCUGCUUUAAACCAGGACCAGAACAACAACCUGCAGGAGGGGAACGCAGGAGGAGCAGAGGAAGCUGAGGCCUCUCCUGAGGAGGAGCAGGGCCUGCAGGAGCUGCAGCAGGCCAGCCCUUCAUUCCUGAGCACUGCUUGGGUGUUCUUCAAGACUUUCUUUGCAUCCCUCCUGCCAGAAGGGCCAGGGGUGACUCGCAACUGACUGAGCUGGCAGUGCUCUGCUGGGCUGCAACCAGCCUGAGGGAGUCUGGGU